AGAAGAACAAGAAAACAACAAAUUGUUGACGCGGACAGUUAGCGGCGAACAGUUCAUAUCAUACAAAGAAACAGUAGCUUCCACAAUGGAUUGGGACAAAGCUAGCCCGUUCCCCUCCACCCUCCCGGAGUCCCCAUGUCAACCGCCUCCCUGUACUUUACUGCUGGUUCUGGUCGACUGCAGGAAAACACCGGGGCAGAGUGGAACUGAGAGAGGAGAAGAGGGUCAUGGAGAUAUGAUUUCAUUAAGUAAAAACCAUGGGGACAGCCCUAAUUGUUGCUCUCUUAGUGGGAGGGGCUUAUUAUCUGGGGAGCCUCAACAACAUCAUGAUGCUGACAUGAAAGAGAAGAGUCUCUCCAGACCAGAACACCUCAAGAAACACCAGCAUAGAGGUAUAGGGAAGAAACCUCACCACUGCUGCUUUGACUGUGGGAAGAGUUUUGCUAAACAAGACUUGAAAAUUCAUGAGCAAAUUCACACUCCAGAGCAUGCAUCUAAAACCUUAAAAUCUCAUCUGAGAUUUCAUUCAGGGGAGGGACCUUAUACCUGCUUUGAUUGUGGGAAAUACUUAAAUCAGUCAGGUGCCCAGACUAAACACAAACACACAGUAGAGAAGCCUUAUAGCUGUGAUCAAUGUGGGAAGACUUUCAAUCAGUCAGGACACCUGACUAGACACCAACGCAUACACACAGGAGAGAAGCCUUAUAGAUGUGAUCAGUGUGGGAAGAGCUUCAAUUAUUCAGGAUCCCUGAUUGCACACAAACGCAUACACACAGGAGAGAAGCCUUAUAGAUGUGAUCAGUGUGGGAAGAGCUUCAAUUAUUCAGGAUCCCUGAUUGCACACAAACGCAUACACACAGGAGAGAAGCCUUAUAGCUGUGAUCAGUGUGGGAAGAGCUUCAAUGAUUCAAGAUACCUGACUAAACACCAACGCAUACACACAGGAGAGAAGCCUUAUAACUGUGAUCAGUGUGGGAAGAGCUUCAAUCAGUCAGGACACCUGACUACGCACCAACGCAUACACACAGGAGAAAAGCCUUAUAGCUGUGAUCAGUGUGGGAAGAGCUUCAAUCAGUCAGGAGACCUGAUUACACACCAACGCAUACACACAGGAGAGAGACCUUAUAGCUGUGAUCAGUGUGGGAAGAGUUUUGCUCGAGAUUUCACCCUGACUACACACCAGCUCACACACACAGGAGAGAAACCUUACUCCUGUCUAUGUGGCAAGAGCUUCAAUCAAUCAGGGUCACUGAUAAAACACCAUAAAGCACAAAAAUGUUUUCUUUCAUCUCCCUCCUCUCUGGCACCGGUUCCAGAUCUCUAAAUAAAGUUUCAAUAGAAAACAUAUUGUAAUGAGUCAUAUAUCUCCCAUUCUCAAACAGUUAACUAAGUCUGAUUACCAUGGUAACCUGUGUAGCAUAAUAUGCAGCUCUGGAUCCACAUGUAUCAAGUGUCUUGGAGUAGGAGUGCUGAUCUAGUGCUGUGUGGGAUGGGGGUUUUCAGAGACAUUCAAUCAUGUAGAAUAAUGUUUCAACAAUAGUAGGUGGAUAUUCAUGUGUCGGGGAACUGUUUAUUUCUGAAGAGAUUAAUUUGACAUCUCAUACAAUCAUUGGUUCCUGUAGGUGCUUGGUAAAGAUAUGAGGGGGAGGCCGUCAGGACCCCCUCAGACCUUUUGGCAGAACGCCCAGAAUAUGUUCUAGGGCCUAAUUCAUUUAUUUAAAUUGACUGAUUUCUAUAAAUUAACUGUAUUAAAAUUUUUGAAAUAUU